AUGACGGCGCUAGCGUGGAACUGCCGGGGAAUGGGAUCAGCUCCGGCGGUUCGAGCUCUCACCGACGAGGUGAAGAAAGGUGAUCCGGUUUUGGUUUUUCUAGCGGAGACCAAAGCUUCUCAGAGAAGAAUUAAGGGGCUCCAACGCAAGCUGGGUCUAACACAGGGCAUUACGGUGCUGUCCGAUGGCCGGAGUGGGGGCUUGGCAAUGCUGUGGAAAGAAGGAGCUGACGUGAGGUUCAAAAGUUGCUCAAAUUCGCACAUCGACAUGGUGGUGUGCGAGGGUAAUGGAGCUUUACCAUGGCGAGCUACGGGAUUUUACGGCCACCCCGAUGCAGGUAUGAGACCUAUCUCAUGGAAUUUACUUGAAUUAUUAAAUAGACAGUGCAAUAUGCCUUGGGUUGUGUUUGGUGAUUUUAAUGAAAUUCUGAAUUCUGAUGAAAAAUUAGGAUGGUUGGAGAGGGAUGCUAGACAGAUGGAAUGUUUUAGAGAGUGUUUAAGUAAUUGUGGUUUGUUUGAUUUGGGUUUUGUGGGUCAGAGAUUCACCUGGUGUAAUGGGAGAAUUGGAGAUCAACGAACUCUGGUUAGGCUGGAUAGAAUAGUAGCUAAUGAGGCUUGGUUGAAUAUGUUUCCGGAGGCGAAAGUGGUUCACAGAUCAAUGGCGGCCUCUGAUCAUUGUUUGCUGUCGUUAUCGAUUAGAAUGAGAGAGACGAGGAAGGUAGCUAGGAAAAGAUUUAUGUUUGAAGAGAUGUGGACUAGGGAAGAGGGCUGUAGAGAGGUGAUUGAAAGGGCCUGGGACCCUCUGGAUUGUAAUCCGGAGCUGUCGAUUCAGAAACGCUUGAAAUGCUGCCAGUUUCAGCUCCAGAAUUGGAACUGCAGAGUGUUUGGAAAUGUUAAUAAAUCUCUGAAGCAGAAGCAAAGUCGAUUACAACACCUGGAAGAGCUGAAUUUACUCCACGAGUCGGCAGAGGAAGUUCAAAAGUUGAAAAUGGAAAUUAAUGAAGUUAUGCUUAGGGAGGAGAUAAUGUGGAAUCAAAGGUCAAGGGCGCUGUGGAUCAAAUACGGUGAUCGGAACACAAGGUGGAGAGAGAACUAUGAGGAAGUUGAAGAGGUUAUCCUGAAGUAUUUCAAGGAGAUUUAUAGUACGACUUUCCCCACUGAGUUUGGUGCGAGUCUGGGUGCAGUAGACAGGAGGGUGACGGAGGCCAUGAAUGACGACCUUUUAAAAGAACUUAAGGAAGAAGAAGUUUGGCAAGCUCUCAUGCAAAUGCAUCCAACAAAAUCUCCAGGACCGGACGUACUUGCUAAUAGGUUGAAGAGGGUCCUCCCGGAUGUUGUUGACGAAGCCCAAAGUGCUUUUGUUCCAGGAAGGCAAAUCACAGAUAACGUUCUAGUAGUGUUCGAAGUUAUGCAUUGCAUUAAUCAAAGGAGGAAGGGGAAAGAAGGGCUAACGGCAAUUAAACUCGAUAUGAGCAAGGCGUACGAUCGGGUAGAAUAA